AUGAAGUUGGCCGUCCUGACAUCCCUUGUGGGAUUGGGCGCUAGCCUUACAGUUGGACAAGAAACAGAAAGCUCAUUUAUUGCCGGUCGGCUUUCGCAAACGAAGCAUUUUGAGCUGAAUCUGACCUGGGAAUCAUGGGCGCCCGAUGGGGUUGCACGGAAGCAAUUUUUGAUCAAUGGCCAGUUCCCCGGCCCUCCACUGAUCAUGGAUGAAGGAGACAACGUCGAGGUGACCGUGAAUAAUUUCAGCCCCUUCAAUACCACAAUUCACUAUCACGGCAUCGAGAAGGAACGCCGUGGUCAGAUGGUGUGCCUGGAGUUUCACAGAGGCAGAUUUUGCCUGGUCAACGGUUUAUCUCCAAAUUCACUGUCCAGCAGUAUGGCGUUAACAAUCAACAAUGGUGGUCGGUAUUCCUGCUUGGUACAACUGAACAAAGCGCCAGGAAAGUACCCGAUGACAGUGGCAAAUGCAGGGUUCAACCAAAAGAUCGCGGGCUUCGGUACUCUGUCCUAUACGCAUACGCAUGGACGUUCGGUCGUAUCAACGCCUUCAAUCAACUACGGUGGACUUGCCACAAGCACGGAUGUUAUCACACUAGAUGAGACCGUGAUCGAAAUGUUUACUCCUAGCCAGCCUAGUGAGCAUUCGGAUAAAACCUACAUCCUGACUGCUGGCCGCAUUGAGAAGGCCUGGGAAUGGUCCCUCAACGGAAAUCACUCCUACGGCCUGACUUUAGAGGCCGAAAAGCCCGUUUUAUGGGACCCGCAAUCCGCGGCCAAGAGCCCUUUGGCCAUCGCCACAAAGAACAAUACUUGGGUGGAUAUAAUCUUCAUUUUAUCUGGCAACACAUCUACACUUCAGCCUGGUCACCCACUUCACAAGCACUCCAACCGAGCUUAUAUUCUGGGUACCGGCACCGGCGACUUCAAUUACACUUCAGUCGCCGACGCUGUCAAGGCUAUUCCAGACAGUUUCAACCUGAUCAAUCCCCCUAUGAGAGAUACUUUUACUACGCUGCCUGCUUAUCAAGGUAAAAGCUGGAUGGCAAUUCGUUAUCAUGUACAAAAUCCAGGGGCAUUCUUGCUUCACUGUCACCUCGACCCACAUCUGACGGGGGGUAUGGGGCUCGCGAUUCUAGACGGUAUAGAUGCAUGGCCGACCAUUCCGUCCCAAUAUGGCCCGAACGGGAAGUGGGGAAUCAUUGACCCUUGA